UAAUUAGAUUGAAGGAGUUAGUUUGGGGACAUAAGGACAUCUCUCAAACACUUUUGGUCCGUUCCUCAAUGAUCAUUCUGAUCAAGCCUACAGACAGACAGUUGGGAGACAACAUUUCCGUCAGUGUCUGGACAGCUUUAUCGCUGCUAUAAAGGAACCAAAGCCAGGGACAACGGACAAGAUGGGUCUGGUACAAUGGUUGAAGGGCCAGUUCUUGUGUCACCUGAUCAUCUGCUAUGGGUUCUUGGUCAGCGGUCUCCUGGUCAACCUAUUACAGAUCUGCACUCUGCCCCUCUGGCCAAUCAACAAGCAGCUGGCCCGGCGGAUCAACUGUAAACUGGGAUACUCCCUCACCAGCCAGUCUGUGGCGCUCCUAGAGUGGUGGUCUGGCACUGAAGUAACUUUCUACACAGACCCAGCGAACUACCAAAUCUACGGCAAAGAGAACGCCAUCAUCGUCCUUAACCACAACUUUGAAAUAGACUUUCUGUGUGGCUGGACCUUCUGUGACAGAUUUGGGGUCCUUGGGGCCUCCAAAUGUUUAGCCAAGAAAGAGUUGUCGUACCUGCCUGUGAUUGGCUGGAUGUGGUACUUCCUGGAGAUGGUGUUUAUUAAGAGGAAGUGGGAGGAGGAUAAGAGGAGCUUUGUCCAGAGUCUUCAGAACCUACGGGAUUACCCCGAGAACUUCUGGUUCCUGCUCCACUGUGAGGGAACACGCUUCACAGAGGAGAAGCAUCAGAUUAGUAUGAAGGUGGCAGAGAAGAAAGGCCUGCCUAAACUCAAACACCACCUCCUGCCCAGGACCAAGGGCUUCUGGGUAGCCGUCCAGAACCUCAGAGGGACAGUUGCUGCGGUGUACUGUUGUACACUAAAUUUCAGAAACAACGAAACACCAACCUUGCUGGGAGUUAUCAACGGGAAAAAAUAUCAUCCAGAUUUAUACAUAAGGAGAAUCCCUCUGGAGUCCGUACCAGAAGAUGAGGCUGAAUGUUCCUCCUGGCUUCACAAACUCUACCAGGAGAAGGACCAGUUCCAGGAGGACUACAGACAGACAGGGUGUUUCCCUGGCCCUGUAGUCACGCCUCCACGUGGGCCCUGGGCCCUGAUCAACUGGAUAGGCUGGACCUGCCUUCUCCUAUACCCCCUCUACCUCCUCCUGGUCCAGCUGGUCAACUCUGGGUCUAUUCUCACCAUACUGGCCACCGUGGGCUUCUGCUCUGCAGUGUCAGUUGGUGUGCGCUGGAUGAUUGGACAGACUGAGAUUAAGAGAAGCUCCAGCUAUGGGGUCCCACUGAGCUGAGGAGAUGGCCUUACAACUGCAAGAUCCUUCCCAGCUCCCAGGGACCACUCACAUUACCAAUAUCAUCCCUACAGCACAGUUCACCUCCAGCAAAUAACUAAUUCCAAAGAAAGAAUGUUGCUGGUCAGAGAUGGCAUUGCAUUCAACUCAAGUACGACAAGAAGGGUGGAAAGUGCUUCAGCAGUCUCUUGCCAAUACAUGAAUAUACUGCACCUACAAACACAUGCUGUGCAUUCAAAGUAUUUAGACCCCUUGACUUUUUACAGAUUGUUAUGUUACAGCCUUAUUCUAAAAUGGAUUAAAUAGUUUCCCCCCUCAAUCUACAGACAAUACCCCAUAAUGACAAAGCAAAAACAGGUUAAGAAUUUUUUGGGAAAAAAUAUCACAUUUACAUAAAUAUUCAGACCCUUUACUCUGUAAUUUGUUGAAGAACCUUGAGGCGAUUAGCCUUGAGUCUUGGGUAUGACGCUACAAGCUUGGCACGCCUGUAUUUGGAGAGUUUCUCCCAUUAUCUGCAGAUCCUCUGUCAGGUUGCAUGGGGAGCGUCGCUGCGCAGCUGUUUUCAGGUCUCUCCAGAGAUGUUCCAUCGGGUUCAAGUCUCCACUCAGACUUGUCUCGAAGCCACUCCUGCAUUGUCUUGGUUGUGUGCUUAGGGUCAUUGUCCUGUUGGAAGGUGAACCUUCGCCCCAGUCGGAGGUCCUGAGAACUCUGGAGCAGGUUUUCAUCAAGGAUCUCUAUGUACUUUGCUCCGUUCAUCUUUGCCUCGAUCCUGACUACUCUCCCAGUCCCUGCCGCUGAAAAACAUCCCAACAGCAAGAUGCUGCCACCACCAUGCUUCACCGUAGGGAUGGUGGCAGGGUUCCUCCAGAUGUGAUGCUUGGCAUUCAGGCCAAAGAGUAAAAUCUUGCUUCUAAUGGUCUGAGAGUCUUUAGGUGCCUUUUGGCAAACUGCAAGUGGGCUGUCAUGUGCCUUUUUACUGAGGAGUGGCUUCCGUCUGGCCACUCUACCAUAAAGGCCUGAGUGGUAGAGUGCUGCAGAGAUAGUUAACCUUCCAGAAGGACAACUUUCCCAAUCUCCACAGAGGAGCUCUGUCAGAGACCAUCGGGUUCUUGGUCACCUCCCUGACCAAUGCCCUUCUCCCCUGAUUGCGCAGUUUGGCCGGGUAGCCAGCUCUAAGAAGAGUCUUUGUGGUUCCAAACUUCCAUUUUAAGAAUGGAGGCCAAUGUGUUCUUGGGGAUCUUCAAUGCUGCAGAAAUGUUUUGGUACCCUUCCCCAGAUCUGUGCCUCGACACAAUCCUGUCUCGGAGCUCUAUGGACAAUUCCUUUGACCUCAUGACUUGGUUUUUGCACUGUCAACUGUGGGACUUUAUAUAGACAGGUGUGCCUUUCCAAAUCAUGUCCAACCAAUUUAAUUUACCACAGGUGGACUCAAUCAAGUUGUAGAAACAUCAAGGAUGAUCAAUGGAAACAGGAUGCACCUGAGCUCAAUUGAGUCUCAUGGCAAAAGGUCUGAAUCCUAAUGUAAAUAAGAUAUGUUUUCACUUUGUCAUUUUGAGUUUUUUUUAUUUAAUUCAGUUUAGAAUGUGACAAUGUGGAAAAAGUCAAGGGGUCUGAAUACUUUCCGAAUGCACUGUAGGUUCAGGGCAUGCAUACAUGUCUUUGUUGUCCUUGCCAUAUCACAACACGCUUUAGUCAUACAUGUUGGUGUGUGUUAAAUGCACUAAAAUUGUGAUAAAUUGACAACUUUUUUGCACAUAUGAGAUUCUAUAAUAAACUGAAGUACCAGAUAAGCCCACUUCACAGGUUGACGCUGGCUUUAGUUUCAGCAGUGUGUACGUACAAACACAGGCAGUCCCUUCUAUUUUAAGAUCCUGUGUAAACAUUACCAUGUUAUGUUUGAUGAAUCUAGGACAUACUAAUCUCACAGCAUUUCUUAAAGAUGUAAUAUUGUUUGUACAUAGCAGAGGACCAGAAAGUGUGUGUGUGCAUUCAGCAGCAGGGAGUGAGAUCGGACCGUUGUCUCUCUCCUCGGUUGGAUAUGCUUCAGUUCCAUGGCUCUCCAAUCGGAACACACCUGUCUGACUCUGUCAACCAAUCAGUGCUGCCCAUCCCAUUUGGGACGUAAACUUAAUCUCCAACUGUAAAAAUGGGAUCCUCAGCAAGGCGCAAUAACUAUUUUAAAACAAAUCCACCAAAAAUAAAAAUAAACGUUCUUUCCUUCCUAGA